AUCUUCUGUGUCUGACUAAAACCUAGGAAACAUGGGUAUAUAUAAGGUUUGUUACCUAGUUGACAAAGAGACGUGAACCCUUUGCGUCUAGUCCAUUUUGAGGGGCUGGCAUUUUGGUAUGGAGGACGACCCUCCCAUCUCAUCGUCAUCGCCCAGGACAACGACGCCGUCCGAUUUAGUGGAACGUUGGGUUCAUCUUCAGCGGGAGAUGAAUCACACAUCGACGUCUGAAUCUUCGCCAGUUCAUCGAAUUCGGCCAAUUGUGAAAUCAUCUUCACGUCGGACCAGAAGCGCCAUUAGUUCCUACCGUCAGCCAGUCGAGAGUUUGACAGUUAGUUUUGCCUCCCUACUUGUAGACCAGAUCAAUGGUUCACCGUCAAAACCGUCAUCUGCAAGCUGCAACAGCAAAAGGGGUAAGAAUAAUAAAAAGAAAAUCAAGAAAAAAUCACAAACUACAACUCCAGCAGUCAAAAUCACAAUCCGUAAUAAUAAACCUGUUAACGAGAUUGAUCAUGUGGAAGAAUGGCUUCAACACCGCAGUGCUCAUUAUGCCUGGUGGCGCAAAUUCGUUCCAUCUAGUACCUGUAAUCCGACGGUAGUGACCUUCAAUCGUCCAAGCACCUAUCCGGACCGGAAACAUUUGAAUGUUAAUCAUUCACAACCUAAACAACCUAAAGCUCCUCGUUGUGUUUUGUGGUUCCAGUUCACCGGUAAUCCAUCCAAGCCACGACCGGGAUGCUGUAAUAAGACAGCAAUUCCUUCCGCCGGUGGCCGGAUGCAUAACAUCCGAAUAGAGCAGCAACCACUAGGUGGGGCAAACGCUCUCGUGUUUGCAGCAGAUUUACAUAUCGGAGAAGAUUUCGCCAUCGUAUCCCGUCGUCAACCAGGGUUCACAUUUAGUCUGACCUUCUUCAUUGAUGGCGUCCGACAUGCCCGGCUAAGUGGCUGCUGUGAAAAUGCUCGUAAUCUUCACGUCCCAACAAGAGUUGGAGGUCCCAUUGGAGCUUUCGUUUUGCGGACUGUCCAAGGAGGAGAACCGUGCCAAAUUUGUGAAAAAUCGGUUCCUUUUGCCGAUCCUGAACUGUUCACUGUCUGGCCGAAAAGUCAUAACAGACAGUUAAUGAACAGUAGCCAAGAAUGCGGAAUAGAGAGGAUCCACGAGAAUCAAAACCAGCCAACGAGGAAGCGGAGUUCGCUGAGACGGUCAAAACCAGUACUCGACAAUUCACCCGAAACGAUGGUAACAGUUUCCAAUCAGUCUGUGGACGAUGAACAGCCAUCUUCUGAUGUCCUGGGUCCUGGUUUUACAUCCACUGAAGAUACAUAUGAAGAGCAGUUCUAUUCGGAUGUAAUUGCACCUUCCAUCGGGGGACAGGAACAACAUUCUUAUGAAUUCACAGCGACUUGUUCCCAAUCUGAAGUAUACGAGGAGCAGGUAUCAUCCGAUCUCUUCAUUCCAUUCGGUUCCGUUUCCAUUGAAGAAGUUUUCAGCAUUGGCAGUCCUCUACGAACACCUCAUUCCAGUCCGGGAAGCUUCACUGCACUUGACGCAGACUAAAUUAAUUUGUUUU